CUCUGAUAAUAAGGAAGAAGAGGCUAUAAAUUAAUUGGAGAGGGUUUUGUCAAAGGAAAGACACAAGCUCUUUCAGAGAAGAUCUUUCGCCUUCUGUGAUUCAUAAAGGUUAGGCUGAUGGAGAAGUCCUUGCAGAAGUGGGUUUGCUCCAAGAAAACUCAGAACACUACGCCUUCAGCUGAAGAAAAGAAAAUCAAAGUGGUGUUGAAGUACAAUGCGCACUGUGAACACUGCAAUUCGGAGUUGGAGAAGUGCAUCAAGAAGUACUCAAAGGGAAUUUCAGGUGUAGUGUUAAAUAAGAAUCUGUCACUGGCGAUUGUUGAGGGUGUGUUUGAUGUGAGAAGGCUAGUGGAGCACAUCUGGCAAGAAGUUUCAAAGCGUGUGCAGAUUGUAAGUAAAGAAACUGCAGGUAAAACCAGAGCCAAGAUUGUAAGUGAAGAAACUGCAGGUAAAACCAGAGCCAAGAUUGUAAGUGAAGGAACUGCAGCUGAAACCAGACCCAAAGGUAGUGCAGUUGAUCCUAGAGAUGUAUGGUCCUCCAGUGAUGAAGAAGAGUCGCAGACUGUUAAAAAAGUUGACCGUCAAGUGAAGAAAAAGAGUGUUAGCCUGUUCGGGAGAGCUUGA